CAAUCAUAAGCCUAAGUCAGAAGUUCUUCUAGGGGCAAUGGGGCAUGUCAUCAGUGUUUACUAAGUUCUGAGAUGGAAGAAGAUACCUCUGUGUCUGUCCAAUCCACGCUCGAGUUGCUAAGAACCGUUUCGGAGCAUGCUUCUGAAUCUGGUCGACAGAUUCUAUUUCUAUCUACGAAGGACAUUCGAGUAGCUCAGGCCCGCAAAGGCUUCCUCCUUUGUCAUUACAUCGUACCCAAUGGCGUGGCAGAUGAAAAUGGAAAUUGGCAUGCCGGAGCAAUCGCUACGUUAAUUGACAACAUUAGCACCGUGACCACCUAUUCCUAUGUUCCUGUCUUCAAUGUCUCUGUCGAUUUCUCCAUAUCAAUCUUCUCUGCAGCAAAGGUUCAGGAAGAGAUUGAAGUAGAAGCCAAGGUUGUGGGGAAGAAGGAGAGAUUAACAUGUGUGGCUGUUCAAAUUAGGAAGAAAGGGAACGGACGAUUGAUUGCUUUGGCCAAGCAAUGGAUGGCAACGACUAACACCAUUGCAAGCCAUCAAGCCAUGCAAUGGCCAAAUGCUUCUUAUGCUUUAAUGGAACCACAAAUGAUCGCAUGAAUGGUCUCCAUUCAUUAGAACAUCGCCCA